UCGCCGGUCCAACACAACGCUCAUCUGGAAACAAGCUCGCUGCUCAGGGGGGCAAUUAGUAUUCUGGGUCAAGAUGAAUGGUUUUCCAAACAUGUCGUUUGUGAAUGCACAAACUCUUGCGCACCAAAGUUGAUUCGGAGCAGACCCCCCUGAAGACAGUGAAGAGAAUCAAGAGACGAAGCAGUGGGCUCAGCUGUUCUCCUAUAAACAGCCCCGGGAGCGUCUUUUCCAAAUACUGUCCUCCAGAUCUAUCCAGCCUAUAACAUGAGAUACGGCUUGUUCCCCCUAACCAUGCAGCAAGGAGGGAGGGCUUAGGAUGAUUCCAAGGUCGACGGCCGACCUUGGGACCUUGGGUGAUACUUUGUCCAGCAAUGCCACAAAUGGGCCGAUCUCCAGGUCCUCUACACCUCCUAUAAUCUUGCAUCCAGUACACCAUUCCGCCAAUGCCAUUAUUCAUUCAGGUCCCCAAAGAAUGGUAUGUGGCUUCUCUGAGGUGGAGACUUUAAAGCCCGCCUUGCCCAUUGUCCAUACCUCUUUGAAUGAUCCAUCACCGUCAUACUUCUAUUCUACUCUCGUCAAAUACAUCAGCCAGCACUUCGAUCCACCAAGCUGUCAGAUUACUGUCAGAACACAUCAACAUCCAUCCUUUUCCCGCUACUACGAGACAGUACGUAUAGAGUCUCUACACUCACCCAAAAAGAGUGCAGCUGAGGACUUUUUAGUCAAUCAGAAUCACCAUCCUCAGAUGGGUGAUCCCGCCCCCGACUCUUCGCAAAGGGUAAAACCUUCUCCGCAAGGCCCUUCGCAAGAAAGCCAGCGGCACCGAUGCCGAAGAAUCAUCCGACGAGAGACAGAACGCGGUUGGAAAACAAAACGCAGAUGGUAAACAAUGGGUCACUGUCCCUAGGCAGUAGGAUGACGCUUGGGAUAUUAUUCAUAGCGAUUCGUCGCGCUUCUUGCCCGAUGCCGAGAUGCCUACUACGGAGGAGCAGAUGAUGGAGACUUUGGAUCGUGUCCAUGCUACUGUUGUUCGUCGCGUCGGUUACAUAGUCAACGUCAGGCGAGAGGCUUGCUGCAGCCUGCGGGCCUUUCACUUUGUUGGAUAGUACAAAGAACGACCAUGGGUAUCUCCGUUAAUAGACAUAGACACAUGUAGUGUUAGUCUUGGGGAAAUUUCGUAUGCCACGACCCACGACUCACAUAGAUAAAGGAG